AGAUGACUAUCUCAAAUAGCCAGGCCACCUCCCUUCACUGAGGCUCCUUUGUUUUAGAGAUCUUGAUUGGUUUCAUAACUGACCAUUUGGGCCGCUUUCCUUCCUGAAUUUUAAACUCUCGCUCUUACGUUUUUUUUUUUUCUUUCUUUCCCGCUCUGUGUUUUAAAUUCACCAAUCACGAGACCAUGAAAUCCUGGGCUCCACCCUCAAGCCCAGGAAAAGCGAAACCCCAGGCCAGGGCGCUCUUUCUCUCCACCCGCAACCUCGCUGUGUAUUUGCAAGUGUGAUGUGUAAUUUCCAGGUCCUGGGGCUGAAAUUUCAUUUCUUCUGUCUGAAAGUGACCAUCGUCCUCAGUCAAGUGGCAGACACACGAACAGGUCAGAACUCCAGUUUUCACUAGCACCCUAUGCUGAGGAAUCUUCUAAUUUCCAAGAAUGAACAUGGAAAACCAUAAUUCAUCUUUGGUGGUAGAAUUAUCCUACCCAGACUUAGUCAUCAACGUAGGACGAAUAACUCUCGGUGAAGGAAACAGAAAGAAGCUGCAGAAAACUCAGAGAGAGCAAGAGGCAAAGAAAAUUACACAGGCUGCAUGUGCUUUAUUAAACUCAGGAGGAGGAGUGAUUCGGAUGGCAAUGGCAAACAACGAUGAGCAUCUUGUGGAGAUGGGACUGGAUUUAGAAGACUCUUUGAGAAUCCUUAUUCAGUCUUUAGAUUUGCAGGCUUUCUUUGAGACUAAGCAGCAAGGAAGGUGUUUUUACAUUUUUGUUAGAUCUUGGAACAGUGGCCCUUUCUCCGAAGACGGUUCCACCAAUCCCCGCAUUUGCAGCCUGAGUUCUUCAUUAUAUCUUAGAUCCGGCACCUCUGCGAUUCUCAUGGAUUCAAGAGAGGCAUUUAAUUUCCUGAAAACCAAGAAAAGUAACGCAAAAACCUUUGAGGAAGAACCUUCUUGUAAAGUUCGCAAGGUUGAACAUCGGCAACUUCAUAACUUAAAUCCUGCUGACCUAAUUUUCCAAAAAGACCAGCUUGAAUAUGGUGAAAUCCUGCCUUUUCCUGAGUCUCAACAUGUAGAGUUUAAACAGUUCUCUACAAAACACAUCCAAGGGUAUGUAACGGACAUGAUUCCAAAGUACAUCUCUGCGUUUGCAAACACUGGGGAAGGCUAUCUUUUUAUUGGAGUGGAUGAUAAGAGUAAGAGAGUUCUGGGAUGUGCUAAAGAAAAUGUUAACAUUGACCUUUUGCAAAAGAAAACAGAAGACGCAAUCCGCAAAUUACCUCAUGUCUGUUUUUGCCAAUCCCAGUGCCAGAUAAAUUUCACAUUCAAAAGCUUGGAUGUUGUAGCCAACGGAGAGCUGUACGGCUAUGUUUGUGUGAUCAGAGUGCAGCCAUCCUGUUGUGCAGUGUUCUCAGAAGUUCCCAAAUCAUGGAUGGUGAAGGGCGAGAACAUCUGCAGCCUGACAACUGAGGAGUGGAUAGGCAUGAUGAUGGACACAGAUCCAGAUCUUCAAAGCUUUUGCGAAGACUUUGAAUCUCAGCUGAGUCUGUCUAGCAGACCUCCCCUUACUAGACCAGUGUACUCCAAGAAAGGCCUGGAACAUAAGAAGACUCUCCAGCAACAUUUAUUUUCAGUGCCAUUGGAAGGUUUGCUAUGUACUCCUGAAUCCCUUUGGAAGGAGCUGUCCUCAGAGCAUGAGGGUCUGGAGGAAUUAAUAAAUAAGCAAAUACAUCUUUUCUCUCGGGGACUUUUGAUCCUUUCUAGAAGCUGGGCUGUGGACCUGAACUUGCAAGAGAAGCAGGGAGUCAUCUGUGAUGCUCUGCUGGUAACACAGAACAGCCCCCCCAUGCUCUACACCAUUCUCAGGGAGGAGAAUGCAGAUGGGCAGUUGUACUGCACCCGUACUGCCUUUACUUUGAAGCAAAAGCUGGUGAACACGGGGGGCUACGCCGGGAAGCUGUGCGUCAUGACCAGGGUCCUCCAUCUGAGUCCUGAGAGCAAAACAGAGUCCUUUGAAGGUUCAGGCUCUCUAAUUGAUUACCCCGAGUCCUAUGACCUUGCAGACAUCCAGCAAAUGGAAGCCUUGCUGCAGUCCCUUGUGAUUGUCUUGCUCAGCUUCAGGUCUUUCCUGAGUGACCGGCUCGGCUGUGAGAUUUUAAAUCUGCUUACAGUCCAACAGUAUGAGAUCCUUUCAAAAAACCUCCGCAAGAACAGAGAAUUGUUUAUCCAUGGCUUACCUGGCUCAGGGAAAACAAUCAUGGCCAUGAUGAUCAUAAAGAAGAUCAAGAAUAACUUUGGAUGUAAAGAAAAUGAAAUUCUCUACAUUUGUGAGAACCAGCCUCUGAAGGACUUUAUUAGUAAUAAAAAUAUCUGCCGUGCAGUGACCCGGAAAACCUUCAUGGCUAACCUUAAUGUCGAAAAGAUUCAACACAUUAUCAUCGAUGAAGCUCAGAAUUUCCGCAUGGAAGAUGGGAACUGGUAUGAGAGAGCAAAAACCAUUACUCAAAGAAGAAAGGGUUGCCCAGGAAUUCUCUGGAUCUUUCUGGACUACUUUCAGACCAGUCACACAGAUUAUGACAGUGGCCUCCCCGAAAUCUCAGACCAGAAUUCAAGAGAAGAGCUCAACAGAGUGGUCCGCAAUGCAGAUCCAAUAGCCAAUUACCUACAGGAGGUAACGCAGAAGAUCAAAGAAAUGCCGCCACCUAACAUUCCCCCUGGGUCCCUGGAGAUACUCCAUGAAGCUGAAUGGGCUCAGGGUGUUCCAGGCAGCUGUGAGAUUAAGAAGUGCUUGAACAUAACAAAGAUAAUGACCUAUGUAGCAGAGAAGUGCCAGUUUUUCUUGAGGAGUGGUUAUUCCCCUGAAGAUAUUGCUGUGCUUUUUAGCAAAACACAGGAAGUGACAAAAUAUUCCUAUAACUUUCAAAAAGCAAUGAAGAAGAGAAGAAUGUCUCAGAACAAUGAUACAUCUAUUUCGGCCAGUCGCAUCUUGCUGGACACUGUUCGUCGGUUUUCAGGCCUGGAAAGAGACAUCGUGUUUGGGAUCGAUCCAAGGGCAGCUGAGCCAGCCAUUUCCAACAAUCUUCUGCUCUGUCUGGCUUCCAGGGCCAGGAAACAUCUGUAUAUUCUGAUGCUUUCUCCUUGACAGGAAGACCUCAAUCUAAGAAAAGUUGAUAGAGUUAAAAUAUUCCUUCUGUCUCUGCAGUUUCAGAAAAAGAAUGACUACUCCGAAUCAUAAAAGCAUUAUUUCUAACAAUAGACCCUUGUAAGAUAACUAGCUUCAGAGUUGUUGCUAUAUCCUGUGAAAAGAACAUCUUCAUCCACACUUGGAACAGCAAUAAACUAUAUGACUGUAUGAAUUUCUUUUUAUAAAGUGCUCAAAAAUCUGCUUAAAUUAACAAAGGGUAAUAUGAAUUGGACUAUUAAUCUUAGAACCGAUUUUAUGGUAAAAGUCCCAUCGUGUCAGAUUUCAAGCUACCUACGUGACAUCAACAGGCUCCUAACAUCCCUGGGAAUUUAACAGGUGGCUCUUGUGAGCCAGUAUAAGCCAGCUUCAGUACAUUGCUGUAACCAAAACCAUUCUAGCAAAAUUUGGUGUCCCUUUUUCUCAUUUCACAAUAUGUUUAGAAAGAAAAUAUUAGAACAACUGAACACUGUAAAUAUUUAAAAUUAUAAUCCAAUAGAACAUAUAGAAUCUAUAUAUCAUAGGAGCCUACCAUGUGUCUGGGAAAUGUAACACUUAAUAAUCAACACUGAGAUGUAA